AAGGGGAUGCAAAUGGAGAUCUGUGUUCUCUCAAUUUAAUAAUCGCUUAUCAUCCUCUGUCUGUGUAGCUAUUGCUGCAAUACUGACAUACAGCAUAUAGACCAAUACAGGUGCCAGUUUCAUAGUUGAUUGUAUCAGUCAACGCAUUAAACAAAUAUGUACGCCUGUGCGAAGUUCGUCUCCACGCCUGCACUGGUUCGUGCUGGAUCCAGGGCACUGUACAGGCCCCUGUCUGCAUCAGUCCUAUCAAGGCCAGAUGCCAGGACAGGAGAGUCUGAUGCAGCCCUCCUGCCACAGAGCUACAUGUCCCAGGUUGCGCUUAGAGGUUUCCAGACCAGUGCUGUGAGCCGAGACAUCGACACUGCUGCCAAGUUCAUUGGCGCUGGCGCUGCCACAGUUGGAGUGGCCGGAUCCGGGGCUGGAAUCGGAACAGUGUUUGGUUCUCUCAUCAUAGGCUAUGCCAGGAACCCCUCCCUGAAGCAGCAGCUGUUCUCCUAUGCCAUCCUGGGGUUCGCUCUGUCUGAGGCCAUGGGUCUCUUCUGUCUCAUGGUGGCGUUCCUUAUCCUCUUCGCCAUGUAAACAGCUCGGCCUCUGCAGAUGAACAUCAUGACCCUGGGCCUAUAGAAGUGACGACUCAUUUUACUCCGGCAACCAAAUUCGUUCCGUGUUGAGUGGUGUCACAACAUUGUACAUUUUCCUAUUUUUUUUGUUGAAAGCCGACAAAAGAAAAAACAUGUAUUGUAAAAUGUAAUCAAUUACAGAAUUAAAGUACAUGUAUUUCACUA